AACUUAUUGCAACUGGCACUAUUGAGUCAGAACUUCACUAUGGACCAUAUUUACUUCAUUAUAUAUAUAGUCCUUUACGACCUGGUUAUAUAUGUGAAGGUGGAGGACAAAGUAGUGAUAUUGUUACAAGUUCUUCUCAGGCAAUUACUUCAGUUUAUCAAGCCGUUUUUGGCACUAAAACAAAAAUUGCAGGCCUUUUAUAUUUAGGUUUAGAACAAACCCAAACAUUUCAAAAAUUAUUAGAAGGCAUUAUAUUUUGUCCUUUUAUUAUUGAAAUAGAAAAUUUGUCAAUUUUUGUUGGUUCUUUGGCAAAGCAAUCAGUUUUUUUUCAAAGUAUUAAGGAUGAUAAUUUGUUCUCAAUUGUAAUUUACCAAAAUAGUCAAAUUGUUGCAGAAUAUAAAAAUAAUUCCCCCAAUACAGUUUGGCAACAAACUGGAAUUCUUAAAUCUAUCUUAGGUGAUACUUUAUUUGCUAUAAAUCACUUAAUAGUCUUACAAAAAUUAGACGAAGCAUAUAACACUAAGUUUUCUCAUCAAACAUUAAUAUCAGAUAAAUGUACACUUACAGAUUGGAAUAACAAAACAAUUAUGAGACAUUUAUUUGAUCUAUAUUUAAAAAAAGCUGUUAGUAAAUCUGCUGAAGAAUGGUAUAAAAUCUUUCAAAAUUGGAAACAACAGAAAAGCAAUAUUAUUGAAUUAUAUACUCAUUUUAGUAAGGUAUAUGGAUCAAAUUAUGAGUUUCGGAAACGUGAAGUGCGAGCAUGGCGCGCAAUAUUUUGUGCAACAGGAUGUACGGAGAUUACACCAUAUGAUAAACAAAUUUCUAAAAAUGAAUUCUGGACAAAUGUACCUGAUCUCGAAAAAGACUGUGCUACACUUAAGAAUUUAUAUGAAGAAGGAAUGCUGAAUGUAUCGUCACAGAACUUGACUAUUAAGACAUUUUGGGACUGCUUUUGUGAUAGUUAUGAUGCUAAUUUUAGAGGAGCAGACGGUAAAAUUGCACAUGCAAUUAAGAGAUAUGUCAGAAUUGGAUGUGAACUUACCAAUGGAACAAAUAUUGAAACAGCACUUCAAGACUUAAGCGGAACAUCUGUAGCUCAUAUAGAACCAAAUCGUAACAAAACAACAAAAUCGUCAGCAUUAUCAGUUGAACAAGAUGAUAUAGAAAUAAAUUCAGAAUCAUUGAAGUAA